UACAAUGUCACCCAGACUCCAGACUCCGGCCAGAGUCCAGAGCCGCCAGGACGCCAGGUACGCCGCCGGGCGCCGGCCCCCUCCUCCCUCCCUCCUCCGGGUGAGCGCGCAGAAGCGGAAGAGGAAGGAGGUCUUCAUCUACGGCAACUACAGGAACUACUAUGGCUACCGGAUUGAUCGCAAUGUUGGUGAAGAUCCUCGCCUUGAGGCGUUCAAGAAACAGUGGUUUGAAAAGAAGGAUUGUCUCGAUAUUGGAUGCAACCAGGGUUUGGUAACGAUUGGCUUAGGUAACCUUUUGAUUUUCCGGAUAAACUCUUGACCUAUUAGCUAAAUUCUUAUAUAUAGCUUAAGAAAGUCUGGUUCACUAUUUUUCAUUUUGGUUGGUAUAUUCACACAGCACACUAUUCAGCUAGUCCCUUCUCUAGGACAAAAAAUCAUGUCUUUUUUGCGUGCCAAUAUCAUAUAUUCAAUCUGAUAAUAUCCAGUAAAGCAGUAAGCUCAGCUGGAGUUUCCAUACAUGUCAUAAACAUUUAACCAUACUCGGCCACAAAAUAAACCCUAUUUAACAUAUUUUGAAAUUUGAAUAUUUAUUGCAAAAUGUUCUCAUCUUUUGUGGGGUCCUUUCGGUUAUAUUUUUUGAUUGCCAAUAAGCCUCGCUGUUUGUUCUCUUAUUAUGCAGGCCCCAUGGUAGUGAUUGUGGUAUAGUGAAUGUGAACAUACCUACUAAUGGUGCUGAAAUUGGUGGAGCAUUUGGUGGAGAAAAAGCAGCUGGUGGUGGA